AAACAAAAAAUUAUCCUAAAUUAGCCCAUAAUAUGGGUUAGGAAAAAGGUACAAGUACUAUUUUGUAAUCAAUAAAUACUGUCUAUCAUGUCAAGUGCAAACUUCUUCGCGGGUCGUCGUCUUUAUACGCCUUAAAUUUUCUCUCUCCUUUUUUCCACCGGAAUUUCAAUGCACCACCUUCUAUAACCUCCGUUCUUCCGCCGUCGAUCGUCGUUUCCCGGCGAAAUUUUUCUCUCUCCUCAAUAUUCGAUUCAAUUAUCUGUUUCUCUCUCCUGGUUCGUGAUCUCGCAGCUCACUGAUUUCUCAUUGUAGCAUUAAUAUUUGAAUUUCAGUUGAUUGUACUUGUUUUGGAAUUUUUGUGGAAUUUAGGGUUUUUUUGGAUUUUGAUUUUGUUGAUUUUUUUUUUGGAUUUGGAGGAUAAGGUGAUUAAUUGGGAAGAAAAUGAUGGGCUCUGAGAAUGAAGAGGGAGCCCAUCCUCUUGCUCCUAAUGAAGAAAUGGAAACCCUAGUUUUGGAUGAUCCAUUAUCAUCUUCUAAAUCGUUUGCUAAUUACAAGAGUGCUUUGACUACUUUAUCUGAUUCGCAUAAUAAUCAUCCUUUAUCGUCCUCGAUUGUGGCGGAACCUGUUGAUUCAGAUCCAUUGUUGUUUCCUCUACAAGAGGAGGAUCAAAUUAGAAAUAAAGAUGUUGAUUUUAGCUCGCAUUUUGAGGAUUCUGAUUACUCUGAUGUGUUUGAUAGUCCAAUUACUGGGGGUGUUAAUGGUGGGGGUGUCAAUGGGGUUGGGAGCCCGAAAGUGAAUUCCGGGAGUAGUUCGGACUCGUUGAGUUCUUUGGGUGCUGAUUAUUUGAACAUUAAGGUUUCGAACCCCCAGAAAGAGCAGGAGUUAUCGUCGAAUUCGAUUGUUCCUGGGGGAAACACUUAUGUGACUUAUUUGAUCACUACGAAGACUAAUAUGAGGGGGUUUGGUGGGACGGAGUUUAGCGUUAGGAGGAGGUUUAGGGACGUGGUGACAUUAGCGGAUAGGUUAUCGGAGUCUUAUAGAGGGUUUUUUAUACCUCCCAGGCCUGAUAAGAGUGUGGUGGAGAGUCAAGUUAUGCACAAGCAGGAGUUUGUUGAGCAGAGAAGAGUGGCACUGGAGAAGUAUUUGAGGAAAUUAGCUGCUCAUCCUGUCCUUAGGACGAGUGAAGAGUUGAGAAUGUUUUUGCAAGUGCAGGGGAAGCUUCCCUUGCAGACGAGCACAGAUGUAGCAUCGAGGAUGCUAGAUGGGGCUGUUAAUUUACCAAAACAAUUAUUUGGGGAUUCUAGGAGUGUUGUCACUCCACAUGAGGCAGUUCAGCCUGCUAAAGGAGGAAGGGAUUUGCUGAGGUUGUUUAGAGAGCUAAAACAGUCUGUCACAAAUGACUGGGGAAAUUCGAGGCCACCAGCUGUUGAGGAAGACAAGGAGUUUAUGGAGAAGAAAGAAAAGCUCUUUGAUUUCGAAACCCGCCUCACGGAUGUUUCUAAGCAGGCUGAAUCGCUGGUCAAAGCUCAGCAAGAUAUGGGAGAUACAAUGGGAGAGUUGGGGUUAUCAUUUAUCAAGCUGACAAAAUUUGAGAAUGAGGCAGCAAUUCUUGAUACUCAAAGGAAACGUGCUGCUGAAAUGAAGAACAUAGCAACAGCUACAGUCAGAGGCAGCAGAAUGUAUAGGGAGUUAAAUGCUAAAACAGUGAAGAACCUGGAAACCCUUCAUGGAUAUCUUGGAGCUAUGUUAGCUGCUCACAAUGCGUAUUCAGAUCGUGCAAAUGCGUUGUUGACUGUUCAGACACUUCUAUCAGAGGUAUCCUCUUUGCAAUCGAAAGCUGACAAACUUGAGGCUGCAUCAUCUAGAGUCUUUGGUGGUGAUAAGACCAGAAAUCACAAGCUGGAAGAGUUAAAGGAAACCAUGAAAAUCACUGAAGACUCAAAAAACUAUGCAGUCAGAGAGUAUGAGCGAAUUAAGGAAAAUAAUAGGACUGAACUUGAAAGACUCGAAAGGGAAAAACAUACUGAUUUUCUGAAAAUGUUGAAGGGGUUUGUAAAUGAUCAGGUAAGCUCUGCUGAGAAAAUGGCUAAUCUGUGGUCAAAGGUUGCAGAAGAUACCAGAGGAUAUGUAAAAGAUAGUUCCUAAGUGUAAGAGUAUAUAGCUGUAACGCAAAAAAGAGUUUCUUCUUGUGUCUUCCAUAUUUUUACUUCCCACUGUCUAAUCAAGAACAAAACAAGUUCAUAUCACACACAGAAAAUUGGGAGCCCAUAAUAUAGCUUUUAGGAACUCAGAUCAGUUGAUGUGUUCACUGGAAUUUGUUCUGUAAACCCUGUAAAAAAAAAAAAAAAAGUUCCACGCAUGGCAGGAUUAUUUUUUUUAGCCUGAUUGCAUUUUGAACAUCUGACAUACUAAUAAGAAAUUACAAGGAUGGCCUGAUUUUCAACAAGGGCAAUCUGAUCAA